UUUUUUUUUUUUUUUUUCGACUGUAGUGAAAAUCUGAUAGUGAAACUGUCUUAAGUGAAAAACAAUAUCGACGAAUAUUGGCAAAAUAAAGUUCAUCCGGCAUUGUUCCUCGAAUGUACUAUCAGAAACCAAUUUUCCGGCGAAACCUGCUUCGUCACUCAUCAGAAUUUCAUCUUUCCUUUUUUUUUUUUGUUUAGUCGGCUCUGAAAGCGUGGGGUGCUAAGCCGAGGAAUGGAGGGAACGUGGCAGUGGGAGCAGCGAAAGCACUGCCAUAUCAUUCUGCUCAACUCUUCGUCGUAUUUAAAGGAGAACCCGGAACAGGUUGCAGAUGAACGAAAACGACUGCACGAUCGCUGCGGCAAGGAAGCGGAUAUCCUGAAGACAAGGGGUCGCGUGCCAAGUCUGUAGCGUUCGGUAAGGAAGAGGAAGGACCCCCUCCCCCCACCCCCACCCCGUCGAGUAAUAUCACCCCUUGGAAGGAGAGGAGAGAAGGAGGAAGGGGGUCGUCAUGGGCCCGGCAACCCAAAUCGUAUCCUAUUGAGCGAUGCAAGUGAUUAGGGCCGGGGCCCUGCUAGUGAGCAUGUGGCUCACUAGAGAAUGAAGAAGCAAAACGUCCGGACUUUAUCAUUAAUCGUCUUCACGCUUACCUAUCUCCUCGUCGGUGCUGCAAUCUUCGACGUGCUCGAGUCCGAGACGGAGAAAUCACGCAAAGAAGCGUUAGAUGCCAUUGAGAAGAUGGUCAUACGAAAAUAUAACAUAAGCGAGGACGACUUCAAGAUCAUGGAAACAGUGGUGCUGAAGACGGAACCUCACAAAGCUGGCCAACAGUGGAAGUUCGCCGGCGCGUUUUAUUACGCCACAACGGUCCUCACCACGAUAGGUUACGGACACUCGACGCCGAACACUAUCUACGGCAAACUGUUCACAAUGUGCUACGCGAUCAUCGGUAUUCCAUUAGGACUUGUAAUGUUCCAGAGUAUAGGAGAACGCUUAAAUAAAUUCUCGUCUGUUGUGAUACGAAGCGUAAAACAACUUCUAAACUGUAAGGACGUCCAGGCCUCGGAGAUAAACCUCAUCUGCGUGGUAACGACGUUGUCGUGUCUGACUAUCGCCGGCGGCGCCGCCGCAUUCUCCAGGUACGAAGGGUGGUCCUACUUCGACUCCAUUUACUAUUGCUUCAUCACCUUGACGACAAUCGGUUUCGGCGACAUGGUUGCGCUGCAGAAGGACAACGCGCUCAAUAAGAAACCCGAGUACGUGAUGUUCGCCCUAAUAUUUAUUCUCUUCGGCUUGGCGAUCGUGGCGGCCUCGCUUAAUCUGCUGGUUUUGAGAUUCGUGACGAUGAACACGGAGGAUGAAAGACGAGACGAAGCCGAAGCAUUACAGGCGGCCCAGGGCGCGGUGCGUCUCGAAGGCGACGUAAUAACGGCGAACGGCUCGAUACUCUCCGGCCAGCUCGGCAAUCACGGGAACGUGUUGUCGUUGGACGACGAGGCGUCGGUGUGCAGCUGCCGCUGCAGCGGCUUUCAGAGGAAGCGGCGGAGACCGCGUUUCACGGUGCGCCGCUCGCCCGGCAAGAUCUCGCACUUGCUGCCAAUGCAACAGCUGUCGAUGUCGAGCGUGAGGGGUGGCGAGCCGCGACCGCCGCAGCUCGCCCCACUGCUGCCGCUGCCGCCGCUAUAUCAGCACCGCGCCAGCAUCUGACGUUGCUCGGCCGCGAGGAGCGUGAUCCUCCUUGAGCAGCAACAACAACAUCACUACCACGAACAGCCACGGCGGGAGUCCGUCUGAGGAGCGUGUGCCUCUGCCCGGCAGCCGCCGACUUCAACGAAUUUCAAUCGUCGUCGAGACGCUAUCAUCACCGCCACGAGUUCUCCUCUUCCACUCGCUCCGUUUUUCUCUUUUUCUUCCUCUC